ACCACAUAUAGAGAGUUCGUAGUCCAUUUGCAGAUUUCAGUUGGCCACUAAAAACAGGACAGUGUUUUUGUUUUUGGCCCGAGUUGGCCGAAGAGGAAGUACACAAGUUAGACUGGAAGAAAACGGUUUCACAUCGCAACCACUCACUAUCAGCCACCCACUUUAGCACACCUGACGUCAAGGAAAUAUUCGCAGAGUGUUUGUCCCCGCUGCAAUUUCCGCGUCACAACGUUCACGCCACGCCUGCGCUGUGGCUGUCAGCUGAGAUCGGCAAGUCGCCCUCGUUUUGGUUGUGUAAACAUCCACGGAGAGGUUCGUGCUUUGGGACAAAAUGGAAAGCCAGCGCUGAUAUAUUCUCCAGACCUGUAGCUUACAUUCAUCCCCGAUGGAAACAUGUAACGGAUGGUAGUUAGAUUAAAACUACCUACUGGGAAGUGAUUUUCUACUGUGUGCUUUCCAUAGAAGUCACAUCUCCGCUCAGCUUCCAUCGUUUUCUUCUCCCAAUUUGCGCCAAGUUCUCUUGCCAGACAAGGAGCCGCUUCUUCAGUAGAUGAGUAAGUGACUCACGACCAUUCCCGUUUCACAGCAAUCACUUUGGAGUCACUGAGGAAGCCCCACCCUAUGAACUGUAAGUGGUGACCCUUGGAACUUAUGGAACUUUGGGAACUUACUUGCAUAAGGCUUUUAUUCUAACUAGUUAUUGAGAAAAAAUUGUCCCGUUGGGACAAAUUGUCGACGACAACAAGUUUUGACUACAUUUCUGAUAUUCUACAAUGACUUUAAGCGCGACUUAUAAAGAAUGAGGUGCAUAAUCAGAAACCUCCCUACGUACAUUUAAACGUCUGACCUCUCGCUCAAGAAUUACACGAAAUUGUGAGCAUCAAAUCUGAAUCUGAAAAAUGAGUAAACCUGGAACGUUUAUCACGGUGGUGAGAAAGGCCUAUGCUACACCUGCUUUAAAGGGCUUCCAUUUGUAUUUUCGAGCUGAAGAGGUUCCUUUCUUGGGAUAUAAAGAGAAGGUCUCGAACAAGAUUUGACGUCUCGUUGGAAUUCGGGAUCCCUACAAUCGCUUACUUCUGGCUCUUGCUGUGGCAAGAUCUUCGAUCCGGUCCCCUCUGACAAUAAAGAAUCUGCCUAACAACCCCACUCCGCUCUUCUAGAAACCGGUGCCCCGCAGAAAGAACAUUAAUUGAAGCAAUAAUGAGGAGGUUUCGAUAUUAUUAAAUACAGCAAAUCAUCUGGUACAUCUGAUGCAGUCAUAAAUCCCGGGGGAUGGGCGGUGCUUUAAACCCAAAGACGCGGCAAGUCUAAUGACCCAGGCUCGUGCGAGACGCGCUAGGGACCUGACGGCGAUCUACAGUCGGUUGCGCAGAGCGUCUGUAUUCCACACACUGCACCGUUGGUUGCAGUACCACCGUGUUUUGGAGUGGAGCACUCCAGAAAAAUCACACCAAAACGUUAUGGAUUAAAUUGAUACAUGGGGGCGUUCGAUGUAUAAACGGCAGGCCAGUUACGAAGCCUUGGUUGAAGAAGGAGGGACAAGAUUGGAAACUCGCCCCUCGGUUCGGAAGAUUUAUGCCUGUUUGUAUCCGGGCAGUUAAUGAUUAAUGUCUUGCUAUCAACUUGGAAGGUUCCAUGAAGAGAUGUUUUUAGUCGGUGACUUGCUCAAAGUGGCACCAGAAUUGCACAUUUGCCGAUCAGUUCUGGAAUGUGGUCACACUUUAGACAGACUGACCACAUAUCUAGUGCACCCGGUUGAUUUGGCAGGUUGAAAGCAACAAUCACCCGUAUCAGUCGACAGAUUUUUUGAAAAAAAAUCUAUGAAGCUUCAGAUCUAAUAUGGAGUGCCCUUCGUGACAAAACUUGGUUCCGCCCGCUUCAACGCAAACUCAGGUAAACGUCGAACUUUAGUAAUGUACCAUGUAUGUUUCAUGUGACAAAAUGUAUACUCGCUCGAAUGGUAAAACACUUUUGCUAUAUUGAGAAGACUGCAGUUGAUCGUGUAGCGUUCGUUCAAUUGCGAUUUACUCGCUAAAAAGCGGCUUCUGCCUCAUACCCUGUAGGAGUGGCUUAUUGGCGGGGGCGGGAAAAUGGACGAAAACGUUUCUGCAGGGGGCUGGAUAGCCGUUGGGUUGUUAGUAUUUAUCGGCAUGAUCGCCAUCUUUGGUAACACACUCCUCAUCUACCUGGUAAUCGUUAAGAAGGAACUUCGAGAAAGUCUGAAUUAUUUUGUGUUGAGUCUAGCCGCUGUCGACCUGCUCACAGCAUUGAUGAUUAUGCCCCUCCAGAGCUACCACAGCGCGGUGGAUCUUUACACAGACGGCGCCCUGUGCGUCUGUAUUAAUAUCCUGGCCGUCAUGGCUGCCAUGACGUCCUUACUAAGUUUGGUCUGUGUGACUGUUGACCGCUACUUGGCUAUCAGCCGACCGCUGCGCUACGUCACGCUCGUCACCUCGCGUCGCGCUCUGUGCGUCCUCGCCUUCCUAUGGUUCUACUCGGUGGGCUUGGGUUUGCUGAUCUUGAUUCCAGACGAAGUGAACGUUGAGCCUCCCGUCGGCACGAGUAACAGCACUUCCUCCUGCAAUAUUGCGACGUUGAUUGGACUGCCCUACGGCUAUUUCCUGAUGUGCAACUUCUUCAUCCCCAUCCCAGCCAUGUUCAUUAUGUACGCGCACAUCUUUUUCAUCGCGCGUCGGCACGUCAGGGCCAUCCACGACGUGCGGCGAGUCAGUUGCGUAGACCCCGCUGUCCCUCAGCCCAGCCUCGUUAGGCAAAAUGUCCGAAUCGCUGCUGUCCUCUCCAUCAUUACGAUCUACUUUCUCGUGUCGUGGACGUCCACUAUCGUCAUCUUGGCGGUGAUACGGCACUUGCCCGCGUACGAGUUCGAACUGACCAUUGUAUACAAGAUUAUCUUUUACACCAACGCGGCGAUCAAUCCUUUCCUCUACAUGUUUCACCACAAGACGCUUCGGAAGUAUUUGGUUGAGACAGUCCGGCGGAAAUUGUCUCGAGUUCCCACGGCGAUGGUAGAGCCGUCUCCAGUGGUAUCCACCGUGUCGUUGGAAGUGCCUCGGCCGCGAGUUAACUCCUUGUUUGAGCCUACGUGUAGUCGCAGGCCGUCAUUUCGAUAGCCCCAACAUCCAUGUCAUUGACAGUUUUCACUGCUAUAUUGCCGAUUUAACUUACUCACCAAGUAUCCACCAAGUAUCAUCUUUUAGACAGGAUCCACUACCAACGGACGUUUAUUAUAUUCAUGCAACCUGGUGCACCAGCCAAUCAGAGCCGUUGGUCACCAAAGACAAAACGCCGUUUAUUGGUUAGCAGCUGUCAUGUGACUGCACGCGUUGAGUUGACGCUCACUGAUUCGUCACAAUCAGGAGGUCAAAAUGCUGAUGUCUUGCAUAUUUACUCACUGAACCUGUACAAAGAAGGUUGCUACUUUAGAUAGAAUUACCACCUCCACCUGAAAAAUAUUGAAGAUACAAACAUUUGACAAUAUAUCCAUAAACCGACAAAACCCUACCUUGUUAGAUUAACACCAUCCGGAAUUUCUGAAGAAUGAUCAUAGCUCCAUUCUGAAAUAAGAAAGACCAAAAGAAUUCAAUUUCCAGGCGGAUGAAUCAAGGGCAGUUCGAUAUCAUACCGCAGUACUUUCUGGUGGGGUUUAUUUUUAAUCGAAUUUCGAUCUCUUCAAUGAUUUGGAAGGCACGAUUUCCAAUGUUUUAUUUUGUCCCAAACAUUUUUUUGAAUGUUGUAUUUAUUUCAAGGAAUAUCCCGUCAAUAUUUCUCUAUCAUUUAUAAAAACUACGUUUCUGAUGGAUUGGUAUAACAUUAACUCGUUGAGAGUUAAUGCAUAUUUAUGGGGAAUAGUGACAGCCGGUUAUUUUAGGUAUCCUGCCGAGCAGAUCCAUCAGGUUUAGAUAGAUUGCUUGCUGAAAUUGUGGGAACGUGCAGAUGGCGUAAUCUGCCAUUGCAAAGGUUAAUGAUACCACAUUUGGUUAAAAUUGGCAGCGAUCUACGUGGAUGCUUUUCGUAUUGAUCCAAUAUUUCUAGCAACACAUGUAUAUGAGCUUUGCCGGGCCUUAAAAAUUUUCAUUAAGUCUGUAGAAAUAUUUUCAAGUGAAGAGGCAAAAUGAUAAAUUUGUGAUGUAUAACGGAAAAACAGGAAAAAUGGGCAUGUGUAUAAGAACCAGUGUGGUGUUUGAGUCCUUAACAAGUCCCUUCACAAGUCCAGUUAAAUGUUCUUUCGUAAGGCCAGUCAUAAGUAACAGGGUGAACAAUGACAAAAGAAUGCUUUUGUCACAGCUCAUUUGAAUAGCUUGUGAAUUGGCUCAAGACCGAAUGACUUGUGUGGGACUUAAGGGACAUGCAGGGACUUAUGAGGGACUCGAGUAGGCCUGUUGAUAAGGAGUUACAACCAACCCAUAUGGCGAAUAUCAGAAAUGACGUCAGUAUCACUUGUGCGUAAAGGUACCAGCAUAGGAUAAUAUUUAACCACAGUUGAAGGGGAUCCUAUUGGUCCAAGACACGCACGUGAUGCCGUGCUUGUGACUGCGCAGCACAACAAGCGCCUGAAGGAUUAAGAGGCAUUUACUUAAUGAUUGUUCGGCUUCACGCUCAAAAAAACUUGGAGACCUACUUUGAAGAUUGCAGAUCUGCGAAAUGGUUUCGUGAAAGUUUUCCCUAGCGAGAACAAAGGCAACACAAAAAUUGGUUGUCUACCGCCCUCUAACAUCUUGAAAUCCCCAUCUGAUGUGGUGGUUAUCAGAGGACCCCUUAAAGAUGCAAUUUCCAGUGGAAGUUUUCUUUAAAAAAAAUAAGCGUUUACUCUUGACACAAAUCUCUGCAGAGCGCCAAGGCUUUAACAUUUAUUAAUAAUUAUCAGAGGCAACGGUCCGUUUUCUUUUAUCUUACAGAUUCUUUACUUGCUUAUAUCUGGCACACAUUUUUAGUUGGUUACAAAAAAAUAUUUGUUGUCAAUAUUGUUUCUCUUAGGGGAUAUACAUAUUAGUUAAUUUCACAUCUACUUUAUAUUAUUGAAAAAAAUUGACGCACAUUCCUGCUCUCCCAAUCAGUUCGAAAUAAUCCAUUACUGUGAUCGGUCUAACUUCCUAACCGUUUUUAAACGUUACUGAGUUAUUGUACAGUUAUAGUUUGCUUGAGUGUAAAAUAGCAGAUGGUAUAUUU